AUGUCAGCCAUAGUUCAGGAAACACGAACCGACCGGUUGGACGUAGACAUGCUGUGCGCGUUUGUUGGGCAGCAUACGGGUGUGGAAUGGGAAGGAAGAAAAUUAUCUUCAAGGUAUCGUGGAAUGGGUGGAAUUAUAAAAUAUUUUCGUGAUUCUCCUAUUGCUGUUCUGUGGAAGUAUUCAAGACAUGUGAGUUACACUUUAUCCUUUAUGUAG